ACUUUGCUCUUCAAAUUCCUCUUCGUGCUGUCUAGACGACCUCUACCUACGUUCGAUUGUCGUCCUCGAUACUCUCACGCUCUUUGACAAUUCGCACAGUCCUCUAGCUGGUCUAGAGUUGCUCACUAUUAGCACAACCAUUCGAUUCCCACCCCUUUGCAAUUAUCAAUUUCCAUUCGCAUCGGUACGAUGGGCUCCUUUCUGAUAUCCAUCGCGGUGGUGGCGCUCACAUUUGUUGCCUUGAGCAACGCUCAUCUCAAACUCAUGCGACCGGUUCCGUACGGCAUCGACACCCUCAAUAAGUCACCACUGCAGAAUGUCGCGCCGGGGGCAUCUGGCUCGGACUUUCCUUGCAAGCUUCGGAAGGGUGUCUAUGACAUUGUUGUGAUGAACAACUUCACCGUUGGCAAACGUCAAGAGCUAUCCUUCAUCGGCUCUGUCUCACACGGUGGAGGGACAUGUCAACUCACGAUUACCAAAGACAAGGAGCCGGAUGCCACAUCUCUAUUCAAGGUCUUCCAGGUCUUCGAAGGUGGCUGUCCGGUGAACUCGAAUGGCAAUACCGGCACCCACCCGUUCACAUUCGUCUUGCCAAAAGGCAUGCCCAACGGUGUGAUGACAUUCGCGUGGAUCUGGUACAAUCGGGUUGGAGAUCGGGAGAUCUACAUGAAUUGCUGCCCCGUCACAGUCACAGGAGGAUCGGAUGACGACAGUUACUUCAACUCUCUGCCAAAUGCGUACAUUAUCAAUCUUCCGACGACGGAAUGUGAGACUUCCUACCAAGGAGAGAGCAACGCCGUUAAAAUACCGCAUCCCGGCCAAUUCAUCCUAACGUCUUUCGAGGGGCAACAAAUGCACGCAGCCACUGGGCCGAACUGCACUCAGAAAGCUGAGGUCCAACUUGACGGUGUAGUCGGUUAUCAAAGCAGCAUUAUCACGGACAAUGGCGCAGCAUACACCGGGCUUCCUGGCAACCUGCCUUUCGUACCACAUGGCAGCAGUGGUGCUGUUCGUUCUGUUGCUGCGACUGCUGCGCCAAAUGGUCAGCCAGCUGACUCUCAUGCGCCGGGUGCAGCAAGAGCAGGGUCUGCCAAAGCUGGUUCGCCUUCAGGUGCUAAAGGUGCAUCUGGCAAUCCUUCGCCUCACAGCGGUAUCCCCACAGCACCUCCUGCUUCCUCAAACUCCUCGCAAGCGCUUUCCUCCGCUGCUACGCCGGCGCUUACGUUUCAAACCCUGACAGCCACCAGCAACGCCGGUGUGGCGUCAUCCAACGGAAGCGUGCCCACGCCAAUAUUGGGCGGGUCGAGUGCGGCAGACCCAUCGAACAUUCGAAGCCCUACUGCCAUGCCUUCUGGAGGCUCUUGCUCCAGUUCGAGUGCCGCAAUGACCUGUUCCGCGGAUGGCACGAGAUUUGGGGUCUGCGUGGGAGGGAAGAUGGUGUGGCGAGCGGUCGCCCCUGGCACGACCUGCAAGAAUAGCCAGAUCGCGAGGAGAGACGGUCUUAGGAGUCCUCAUUUCCCUCGAAAGCCGCGUCGAGACUAUAUUGUAUGAAGAAGAGGCAUUCACGCGGUGUGAGGAGCCUCGCCCCAAGUCACCGCUUACUAACGCUUCAACUUCGAGGGUCCCCUUCACAUUUCCUCCAUACCUUACUUUCCGCUGUCGUAC